AUUUUGUAAAUAUAUAAAUAUACUUUUUCAGCUGACCGUAACUUUGAGAAAACGAAGAAGAAGAAGAAGAAAGCAUUAGCUUCAGAAUGCAAAACCUUCACUAACCCCUCGAAGCUCGAACGGCUAUUCAUUCGGACCAAUGUCGCAAGCCGUGCACCUCGUCUCCAAGAGCGUCCCAGGCUAUGGACUAUCAGAAGGUGAAGGUCUCCUUAGUCCAGGAGUUUCACAAAAAACAAUCACCUUGAAUCCUUGCUCUUCUCGUUUUUGUUAUAGCUUCCAUUCACAGGUCAAUGUUGGACCACUUAGGUGUGCUUCUGUGGGAGCAUCUCAUGUGUGUAAAGCAAGUUCUGGUAGUUAUAAGAGAAACCCAGAUUUCUCUAGGCAAAACAGGCAGGGCUUCUCUCGAGGCAGGAAUAGGCAAAAUGAAGACAGGGACAGUUUUGAAAACCUCGACGACUCAGACAUCGUUGCAUCUAAAAAUGGGCCGUAUUUUUCGCUCUCAAAUUCUUCUAAAUUCCAGGCUACUGCAGCUCCUGGACCUAGAGAAAAGGAGAUUGUUGAGCUUUUCAGAAAGGUUCAGGCUCAGCUUCGGGAGAGAGCUGCAGCUAAAGAAGAAAAGAAGACUGAAGCAGUGCAGGGGCAAGGUAAAGAGAACGAAACUGUGGAUUCCCUUCUCAAAUUAUUAAGAAAGCACUCAACUGAACAAUCUAAGAGAGGUAGCAACAGUGGGACCAGCAAAGAGUUCAUGUUUGAUCAGCAAGUACAGAAUGGCCAAUACAAUAGAGGAAAAAGCAUAGGCUCGUUUGAUUCAAUCAUCAGUUUAAAGGAUGAUGUCCAGGAGCCCAAUGCCUCUUUUACAAGAGAGCCCAAUGCCUCUUAUACUAGGCCUGUGUCAAACUUUCAACGCAGAUCUCCUGUCCCUCGGAUGAAAUUCAAGCCCACUUAUUCUGAUGACAAACCUGUCAAUUCAGUGCCACAUGUGAAUUCAAGUGGGAGAGGAAAGAAAAAUCAGGUUGAGGCAGUUCCUAAAUCUGAGUUGGAGCUGGAAUUGGAGACGGAGUAUGAGCCAGUGACCGCUGACCAUGAUGAUGAGUCCGACUCGGACCUUGAACCAGAUGAGCCAGAGAUUAUUCAGUUGUUAGAGGGUGAAGAAGCUCAUAUUGAUGAGCCUGAGAUUGUUCAGUUGUUAGAGGAUGAAGAAGCUCAUAUUAUUGAGGAAGAGGAUGAAGAUGAACAGGUUCAGAGUGAACAAGAGGAUUUGAGUGGCUGGAAACUACCUGAACUGCGGGCACUAGCCAAGUCUCGUGGUUUAAAAGGGUAUUCAAAAAUGAAGAAGGCCGAGCUUAUUGAUUUGCUUAGUGGUUGAACCUCAUGACAUGAUGCAAAAUCCAUAGCAAACACACCGUGCCUCUCUGUACUUAGUUAGAUGGACCUGAGACUCAUUUUUGUUGUUGUUUUGUUUUCAAUUUAUGUUGUUACCUUUGAUGUAUCAGUGUUCCCUUAACUUUUCAGGACUUCUAAAGUAAUUUGCUAAGAUUGAGUAUACCACACCAAAAUAGGCAAAAUCCUUUUCUGGGGUCACUUUGGAUCA